AUGAAUGGCACGGAGGGACCAGACUUUUACGUUCCCAUGUCCAAUGCGACUGGCAUGGUGCGCAGCCCUUAUGAGUACCCACAAUACUACCUGGCUUCACCGCUGGCAUUCUACUGCGUCGCCGCAUACAUGUUCUUCCUCAUAGUGACCUGCAUUCCCGUCAACGGCCUCACAUUGUACGUGACCGUUGAAAACAAAAAGCUGCGGACCCCCCUGAACUACAUCCUUCUGAACUUGGCCGUGGCCGACCUCUUUAUGGUGUUUGGUGGAUUCACGACAACCUUCUACACCUCCUUACACGGAUAUUUCGUCCUAGGACGUGCCGGCUGCAACUUGGAGGGUCUCUUUGCUACUCUCGGCGGUGAGAUUGCACUCUGGUCUCUGGUCGUCAUGGCUGUGGAGAGAUGGGUGGUUGUCUGCAAGCCCUUCUCCAAAUUUCGCUUCACGCAACUCCACGCCACCUUUGGUGUCGCUAUUGCUUGGACAAUGGCCUGUUCGUGUGCUGUACCGCCUCUCCUCGGAUGGUCCCGCUACAUCCCCGAGGGCCUGCAGUGUUCGUGUGGAGUGGACUAUUACACGUUGAAUCCUGAGACUGAGAACGAGUCUUUUGUCAUCUACAUGUUCGUUGUGCACUUCUCAAUUCCUCUCAUCAUCAUUUCUUUCUGCUACGGCCGUCUGCUUUGCACCGUCAAGAUCGCAGCGGCCCAGCAGCAAGAAUCGGAAACUACUCAGAGGGCCGAGCGAGAAGUUACUCGAAUGGUAAUCCUCAUGGUCAUCGCUUUCCUGAUAUGUUGGCUCCCCUACGCCAGCGUGGCCUGGUAUAUCUUCACCCACCAGGGAAGUCAGUUCAGCCCCAUUUUUAUGAAUCCCGCAUUUUUCGCCAAGAGCUCGGCACUCUAUAACCCACUCAUUUACGUCUUCAUGAAUAAGCAGUUCCGUCACUCCAUGAUGUUAAUACUGUGCUGUGGAAAAGAUCCCUUCCAGGAUGAGGAGGAAGGAAGUUCUACCUCGAAGUCCAAGACGGAGACUUCAUCUGUCUCCAGCUCCGAAUCAUCUGCCUGA